UUGGUUGUGGUGGGAUUAGGGGAAGUGAAAAGAGAAAAUGAAUUGGUGAUCAUGUGGUGGUUGUGGGAUGGCUAUAAUAAGAGCAAGCAGUGAGUGUGAGUGAAAUCGAUCAGAACUAAGAAGAAGACAUGGCAUCGUCCAAGGUAGCGACGACGACGACGACGACGACGAAUUCGGAUAUUUCGAGCCAGCAGGUAUGGGACGGCGCCACCAUGGAGAUGGAGUCUCAAGACAACAUGAACAUGAGCAUGAGCCUCCAGGAUUUGUUGACCGAAAACGACGCCGUGCCACCCUCUCAUAGUCAUGGAAGGGGAAAGAGAAAAACCCUAGUGGAGGAACCCCUCGUCGUCGAUAAGGUCACUCUUCAGAAACAGAGAAGGAUGAUAAAAAACAGAGAAUCUGCCGCUAGGUCCAGGGAACGCAAGCAGGCUUACACAGUUGAGCUAGAAUCUUUGGUUACACAUCUCGAGGAAGAGAAUGCCAUCUUGUUAAAACAAGAGGCCGAUAGGAAAAGGCAGAGGUUCAAUCAGCUCAUGGAGUGCCUUAUUCCAGUUGAGGAAAAACGUAAACCAAAACCAAUGCUUCGGAGAGUGAAUUCAUCCCAAUGGUGAUGUAAUAUGUUGCUUGUCCUAAUGGACUAGUUUUCAAGUCCUGGUGUAUAGAUACCAAACAAAUGAUGCAUGAUAGUGUUGAAAGGAUAAAUAUGAAAAAGAGAGGAAAAGAUUUUUUUUAUAUAUACAUAUAGCUUUGCUGAUUAUUUUCCAGGAUCACUUGGAGUUACAUUGCUGCAGAGAGAAAAUAGAUGCAGCCAAAUAAUUCAACUAAUUUGAUUCAAGCUGAAGCUUAUUAUUGGAAGAUCCUUGAAUUGAUGGAUAUUGCGGGGAUAGAUCUUUAUUGGGGGAAGGGAGUUGAAAUUAGAAUUUAUGUUUAAUGUUAGAUUGUCUGCUUUUUGAUAUUUCAGGGAGGGAACACUGAUAAACCUUGACCAUGUACAAACAAGUAUCGAUAAGUGGUAUAUACAUGUGUUAUCUAUACUGCUAUUUUUAUUU